CCGGCUGCCCGCAGCAUCCCGGCCGGCCGCGCCGAGGCGCUCCAGGGGCCGGCGCCGCAGCUGCUCCUCCCGCCCCCACUCGCCGCCCGCCCGGCCGCGGCGCUCGGUCUCGCUGCCCUGCGCCCCCGGCCGGCCGGCGGAGCCAUGCUGCGCUGCCUGCUGCUCGGAGCCUCCAGCCUCCCCAACCUGGAGAAGCGGGACAGGCAGAGCGACCCCGUGGCCAGCCUGACUUUCCGAGGUGUGAAGAAGAGAACCAAAGUGAUCAAGAACAACGUGAACCCUGUGUGGAAUGAGGGGUUUGACUGGGAUCUGAAAGGAAUUCCCUUAGACCAGAAUGCCGAGCUCACUGUUGUCGUCAAAGACCAUGAGACUGUUGGAAGAAACAGGUUUUUGGGGGAAGCCCGAGUGCCCCUGCAGGACGUCCUGGGCUCUCCCACCCUGACUGCCAGCUUUAAUGCCCCCCUGCUGGACACCAAGAGGCAGAGCACUGGGGCCUUCCUCAACCUGCAGGUUUCCUACAUUCCUCCACCUGGGGCCGCUCCACUGUUCCCGCCGCCUACCCCUCCGGAGCCAACACCGUCCACAGCUGAGCUCGACACCGUCACCGAUACAGCCGGGGAGGAAGACACCGAAGACCAGAUAGUGACAGGGGAUGAGACGGAGCCUUCCACAGGGCCCUCUGGGUCGGAGCAGCCCACGCUCCCCCGGAAGCCUCCUUCACACCACGUCCAUGGGAUUAAGAGGAGGAAAAGCACCCCGAAAAAGCUGCUGUCCAACAAACCGCAGGACUUCCAGAUCAGGGUGCGAGUCAUAGAGGGCAGGCAGCUUCCCGGUGUCAACAUCAAAUCGGUGGUGAAAGUGACGGUUGCCGGACAGACGAAAAGAACUAGGAUCCGCAAAGGGAAUGGCCCGUUCUUCGACGAGAUCUUUUUCUUCAAUGUCUUUGAAUCUCCGGCUGAGCUGUUUGAUGAGCCCAUAUUCAUCACGGUUGUUGAUUCCCGGUCUCUCCGGACAGACUCUGUGAUUGGGGAAUUUCGGCUGGAUGUCGGGACAGUUUAUGCAGAACCAAAGCACGCCUUGCUCAGGAAAUGGCUGCUCCUUUCUGACUCAGAAGACUUUUCUGCUGGGGCCAAAGGUUACGUGAAAGUCAGCCUGUUUGUGCUGGGACCUGGCGACGAAGCUCCCCUGGAGAAGAAAGAAGUGGCUGAAGAGAAGGAAGAUAUUGAGGGGAAUCUUCUGCGCCCAACUGGGGUCACGCUGAGGGGGGCUCACUUCUGCCUGAAAAUUUACAGAGCUGAAGACUUGCCCCAGAUGGACGAUGCCAUCAUCGACAAUGUCAAGCAGAUCUUCGGCUUUGAGAGCAACAAGAAGAACCUGGUCGAUCCAUUUGUGGAAGUCAGCUUUGCCGGCAGGACGAUCAGCUCUAAGAUCCUGGAGAAGAACGCCAACCCCCAGUGGAACCAGCGCAUCACCGUGCCAGCCAUGUUUCCUUCCAUGUGUGAGAAAAUGAGGAUCCGGGUCAUGGAUUGGGACCGUGUCACUCACAACGAUGUCAUCGGCACAACCCACCUGCGCAUGUCUCAAAUCUCCGCCCCGGGAGGAGAGCUGGAAGAUGAGUUUCCUGUUCUCACGAAGCCCCUGAAAGCUACAGCCAUGGACGACGGGCUGGGAUUCCUGCCAACGUUUGGGCCCUGUUACGUAAACCUUUACGGCAGCCCGAGGGAAUUUACCGGGUUUCCAGAUCCCUAUGAGGAACUCAACAUGGGAAAGGGAGAGGGAGUGGCCUUUCGGGGCAGGUUGCUGAUGGAGCUGGAGACAAAACUGGUGGAACAUAUUGAGCAGAAGUUGGAGGACAUCCCGCCUGACGAUAUUCUACGGCUAGAGAAGCACCUGCGGCGGCGCAAGUACUGCCUCUUCGCCGCCUUCUACUCGGCCAGCAUGCUUCAGGACGUCGACGCCGCCAUCCAGUUCGAAGUCAGCAUCGGCAACUACGGCAACAAGUUUGAUAACACGUGCCUGCCGCUGGCCUCCGCCACGCAGUACAGCGGGGCUGUGUUUGACGGUUGCCAGUAUUACUAUCUCCCCUGGGGCAAUGUGAAGCCCGUGGUGGUGCUGUCGUCCUACUGGGAGGAUAUCAGCCACAGAACGGACAUGCAGAACCUUCUCCAACGCACUGCAGACAGGCUGGAAGCAGGCUUGGAGCUGGUCCACCUCGCGCUCAAGGCCAAGUGCUCAUCAAAUGACUUGGAUUCAUUGGUUUCCCAGUUGAUUGAUGACAUCAUCGCGGACUGCAGCCAGCCGCUAGUCGAUGUCAGCGACAAGACAGCCAGCACCCAUCUGGAUCAGAACAUGUACAAAUUCCGCAGCACCAACCUGCACCAGAUUGUCCAGGCAGCUCUGAACCUGAAGCACGAGGAUUCUGACCUCCAGACGGUGCUGGACCAGGCUGAGGACUGGCUCUUGAGACUAAAAGCCAUGGCAGAGGAGCCCCAGAACAGCCUGCCAGACAUAGUGAUCUGGAUGCUUCGAGGAGACAAGCGUGUGGCUUACGCCCGGGUGCCAGCCCAUGAAGUGCUUUUCUCCAGGACCGGCGCCAACUGCUGUGGCAAGAACUGUGGGAAACUUCAGACGAUAUUUUUGAAAUACCCACAGGAAGAGGCCAUGGGCCCCAGGAUCCCGGCCCAGGUGCGGGUUCAGCUCUGGUUUGGGCUGGCUGUAGACGAGAAGGAGUUUAACAAGUACGCGGAAGGGAAGCUCUCCGUCUUUGCAGAAACCUAUGAGAACCAGGUGAAGCUGGCGCUGGUUGGGAACUGGGGGACGACUGGCCUGACCUACCCCAAAUACAGCGACGUGACCGGCAAAAUCAAACUGCCUAAGGACAGUUUCCGUCCCUCCGUCGGCUGGACGUGGGCCGGGGACUGGUUCAUCAGCCCGGAGAAGACUAGCAUCUAUCAGCCCCCGGUGUGGACCAGGCCCCCUGUCGCGCUAGGUGCUGUACAAACACAGACAAAAAAGAUGGUCCCUGCCGAAAAGAGCUUCCAAGCUAACAAGCUGCUGGCCCCCAGUGCAGAGCCCAAGUUACUUUACGACACGGACGCCGGUCACAUGAGCUUUGUAGAGGAAGUGUUUGAGAAUCAAGUCCGGCUUCCUGGAGGCCAGUGGAUCCACAUGGCUGACGCCUACACGGAUGUGAACGGGGAGAAAGUGCUUCCUAAGGAGGAGAUCGAGUGUCCACCAGGAUGGAAAUGGGAAGACGUGGAAUGGGACACGGAUCUCAACCGAGCGGUUGAUGAGAGAGGCUGGGAGUACGGCAUCGCUAUCCCGCCAGACCGCAAGCCCAAGGCCUGGGUGCCGGCAGAGAAGAUGUACCACACUAGCCGGCGCCGGCGGUGGGUGCGGCUCCGCAGGAGGGACCUUAAGCAGAUGGAGGCUCUGAAAAAGCACAAGCAGGAGGAGUUGGAAGGUGAGGGCUGGGAAUACGCCUCUCUCUUUGGCUGGAAGUUCCACCUGAACUACUGCAAGACGGACACCUUCCGCCGCCGUCGCUGGAGGCGCCGCAUGGAGCCGCUGGAGCGCACCGGAGCGGCCGCUGUCUUUGCCCUGGAGGGCGCUUUGGGAGGCGUGACAGACGACAAGAGCGACGAUGGCAAAUCGGUUUCGACCUUGAGCUUCGGCGUCAACAGACCCACCAUCUCCUGCAUAUUUGAUUAUGGAAGCAGAUACCACCUGCGUUGCUACAUAUACCAAGCUCGGGAUCUGAUCGCCAUGGACAAGGACAGUUUUUCGGAUCCGUACGCCAUCGUCUCCUUCCUCCACCAAAGCCAGAAGACGGUGGUGGUGAAGAACACCUUGAAUCCCCUCUGGGACCAGACUCUCAUCUUCUACGAGAUUGAGAUCUUUGGGGAUCCCCAGAAUGUUGCUGACAUCCCCCCCAACAUCGUUGUGGAGAUUUACGACCACGACACCUAUGGUGCGGACGAGUUUAUGGGCCGCUGCAUUUGCAAACCCAGCUUGGAGCGCUCCCCGAGACUGUCCUGGCACCCUGUCGCUAGGGGGAACAGAAAGGCAGGAGAGCUGCUCGCCGCUUUCGAACUGAUUCAGAGAGAGAAGCCGGCUGUUCACCAUCUCCCUGGCUUCGAGAGCGAGCUGUCCGCCAGUCUGGAUGAGCUGGGCACACCUGCCUUCUUCUACGAAGGGCUCCUGCAAUGGUCUGCAGACUCGGACCUGCCCUACCCUCCGCCCCAGCGGGAGCCCAACAUUUACAUGGUCCCGCAAGGGAUCAAACCGGUGCUCCAGCGCACCGCCAUCGAGAUCUUGGCCUGGGGGCUGAGGAACCUGAAGAGCUAUCAGUUGGCCAGCAUCACCUCCCCCAGCCUCCAGGUGGAGUGCGGAGGCCAGAUGGUUCAGUCCUGCGUCAUCAAGAACGUCAGGAAGAACCCCAACUUCGACGUCUGCGUGCUCUUCAUGGAAGUGCGCCUACCCAAGGAAGCUCUGUACUGCCCUCCUGUCAUCAUCAAAGUCAUCGACAACAGGCAGUUUGGCCGAAAGCCCGUGGUGGGCCAGUGCACCAUCCGGUCCCUUGAGGAGUUCUACUGCGACCCGUACAGAGAGGAAACCGACACCCCCGAGGAACAGCCAGAUGAGGUGAGCCUCACCCCCAGAGACGACGUCCUCAUUGAUAUUGACGACAAGGAGCCUCUGAUUCCUGUCCAGCUUGCAGAGGGCAUGACCAGCUCCGCUCUAAUUAACAUGCCAGCUUCUCGGGCCGAUCUCCAUAAGAUACCAUGGGAGGAAGAGUUCAUCGACUGGUGGAGCAAGUUCUACGCUUCGACGGGGGAGAGAGAGAAAUGCGGCGGCUACUUAGAGAAGGGCUUUGACACCCUGAAGGUCUACGAGACGGAGCUGGAGAAUAUGGAGGAAUUUGAGAGGCUCUCCGACUUCUGCCACACCUUCAAGCUCUACCGCGGCAGAACGCAGGACGCUAACGAAGAUCCCUCGGUGGUGGGGGAAUUCAAGGGCUCGUUCAAAAUGUACUCCCUCCCGGAUGACCCAAGAGUGCCGGUCCCACCGCGCCAGUUCCAUCAGCUCCCAGCCAAAGGGUCCCAGGAGUGUCUCAUCAGGAUCUACAUCAUCCGUGCCUUUGACUUGCAACCCAAGGACUCCAACGGAAAGUGUGACCCCUACGUGAAGAUUUCGGUGGGAAAGAAAUCCAUAAAUGACCAGGACAAUUACAUCCCGUGCACGCUGGAGCCCGUCUUCGGAAAGAUGUUUGAGCUGACCUGCACUCUGCCUUUGGAGAAGGACCUGAAGGUUACUCUCUAUGACUACGACCUCUUGUCGAAGGAUGAGAAGAUUGGCGAGACCGUCAUAGACCUGGAGAACCGGUUCCUGUCGAAAUUCGGGGCCCGGUGCGGCCUGCCCCAGACCUACUGCAUUUCUGGACCCAACCAGUGGCGAGACCAGCUCCGACCUUCCCAACUGCUCCAUCUCUUCUCCCUGCAACGCAACUGCAAAGCUCCCAUCUACAAGCCAGACCGGGUCAUAUUCAGGGAGCAGGAGUACGUCCUCUCUGAGUUCGAGGAUGGCAAGCCCCUCAACCCACACCUGGGAGCGCCGGAGGAGCGGCUCGCCCUGUACGCGCUGCGGAAGCAGGGCCUGGUGCCCGAGCACGUGGAGACAAGGCCUCUCUACAGCCCGCUGCAGCCUGAGAUUGAGCAGGGAAAGCUUCAGAUGUGGGUAGACUUGUUUCCGAAGUCUCUGGGUCUGCCUGGACCUCCAUUCAAUAUCACGCCGCGCCGAGCAAAAAGGUUCUUCUUGCGCUGCAUUAUCUGGAACACCAAAGACGUGAUCCUAGAUGACCUCAGCAUCACUGGAGAGAAGAUGAGCGACAUCUACGUGAAAGGCUGGAUGAUUGGCCACGAGGAGAACAAACAGAAGACCGAUGUGCAUUACCGGUCUAUGGGAGGCGAAGGGAAUUUCAACUGGAGAUUCGUCUUCCCCUUUGACUACCUUCCCGCUGAGCAAGUCUGUCACAUUGCUAAAAAGGAGCACUUCUGGAGCUUGGACAAGACAGACAAUAAGGUCCCACCCCAGCUUAUCCUCCAGAUCUGGGACAAUGACAAAUUCUCUUUUGAUGACUACUUGGGUUCUGUUCAGAUGGACCUCAACCGGAUGCCAGCACCCGCCAAGACGGCUGAGAAGUGCUCCUUAAACCUCCUGGAUGAGACCUUGUCCUCUGACCGAUUUGUGUCGCUCUUUGAGCAGAAAGCUGUCAAGGGCUGGUGGCCCUGUGUUGUGGAGGCAGAAGAGAAGAAGACCAUAGCAGGUAAGUUGGAAAUGACCUUGGAGAUUGUGACCGAGCAGGAGCAGGAAGAAAGGCCGGCAGGGACGGGCCGCGAUGAGCCAAACAUGAACCCGAAGCUGGAAGACCCCAAGCGCCCGGAAACCUCCUUCCUGUGGUUCACCUCCCCCUACAAAACCAUGAAGUACAUCCUGUGGCGGCGCUUCAAGUGGGUCUUUCUCAUCGCCGUCGUGGUCUUCAUCCUGCUGCUCUUCAUCGGGAUUUUCAUCUACGCCUUCCCGAACUACGCUGCUAUGAAACUGGUCAAACCUUUCAGCUGAACCGGCACUGGCGAGUGCCAGAGAGUCUAGUACAUCCUGGGAUACUGCACGGCACCGUUUGACAUCAGUGACCACUCCUCGGCGGCCUGCGUUGCAGUACAGAGAAGGAAAAGAAACACAUGCUCUCGGAUGCUAGACUGUUGCCAAAAAGCAGCUAUACGUUUGCGACCCUGAAGUAUGCACCAUAACGUUUCAGAAGCAGCGUGUAACCGAUACCAGUUUGGAAUAGUUGUUAUUUUACCUUUUUUUAUAUGCUGCAUUCUGUAAAGCUUGAAUAUCAAUGCACCACUGAGAAAGGGCCUUGUUUGGUAGGGCGUGGUUAGGCUGCGAGGCUUUGCGGAGACAGUGUGGGUGACUGAUCAUGCAGUCCUUAGCGAAGGAAAUGUGGGCUAGUGGUCCGCAUCAUGGCCUACAAGCCAAGUGCUCUUGCGUUCCAGUCACACCUUUCUCGGGGGCGUUGCAUACGUCUCUCUGCCUUAGUUUUGCCCUCUGUGCAAUGUAGAUGAGUUAGCUGGUCUAUAAAGCAUAUCGAAGAUGAAAAGCACUGUGUAGCCUGGGGCGAGUUACAAUGCACCUAUUGCUCCCGCUGAAGUCAGUGGGGGUGAUCUUUGCCUACAUAGGGACUGCAGGCGCAGACUGUGACGAGGAAUAGAAUUAGAAUCUAGAGCAACCAAAUGCAAGGCAGGAUUUGAUUGUAAUUACUGGAGCAAACCUCCCUUGUCCUUCAGCGGGGGUUCUGCUUGCAGAAGGGCUACAAGGAUUGCUUUCUGUAGCGCUCUUCAUUUUCAUACGCGUCCCCUAAACAGAUACCCUCCUCAUCACGGUGUGCAGACACAUUAAAGAGAAACAGAGUGAAUUCACACUGAAGCCAGACAGUGCAAUGUUAGUUUCCCGUUCCCUCCCCUCCCCCGAAGAAACACGUCACUCCAAAUGCAAUGUUAAAUUAAAUGAUGGCAACACUAAUGAAAUAUACAACCUUACAAUCAGUUUAAUGCCCCUCAACUUCUAAAUCAGGAUUUGGGGAUAAAAGGCAAUAAUUUAAAAUGCACUUACUAUCUAACCUGUGGAACUCACUGCCACAUGAUAUUAUUGAGGGAAAUAGCCUAAUGCGUUUUUUCUUUUCUCUCUCUCUUUUUUUUAAAGGUUUGGAAGCCAAAUUCUAUGGUUCCUAAUCAGUCCAAAUUGCCAUUGAAAUAAGUGGCCAUUGUGCCCGAGUAAGGAUUGCAAUAUUUGGACUUGCAUAUUUCUCUGUAACUUGCAAAUUUCUUUGCAUUUCCUUUUGUUGCCCAUCCUCAUACUUCAGGGCAAAAUAUGAUCACUAGCUGGGAUCAGGAACUAAUUUCUCCCCUGGUAUAGCUAGGUGGAUUAAAAGGGUUUUAUAUCUUUUUCUAAAGCGUCUAGCCUUGGCCACUCUUGGAGGCAGUAUCCUAGACUAGAUGGACCUGGUCUAUUUAGGUGUUGUUCUGUGUCCAUUACCCUGGUAAGUGAGCACUUUCCAAAAUAAGGACGUGAAAGGCAAAGACCAAUGUCUCUUUCUGAUAGGGUGACCAGACAGCAAGUGUGAAAAAUCGGGACAGGGGGUGGGGGUAAUAGGAGCCUAUAUAAGAAAAAGUUCCCAAAAUCAGGACUGUCCCUAUAAAAUCGGGACAUCUGGUCACUCUACUUUCUGAUAAGGUUAUUCCACUAUUCCUAUUGUCUGUGGGCUCAAUCCUCACCCCACUGAAAUAAGUGGAAGCUUUCCCAUUGACUCCACUGGGAUGAGAGUUUGGUCCAGUCGGUCGGUUUCACUCAGUACCUGAACCCUCUAUGUGUUAUGCAAAGUGUGCAAUGAAAGGUGACCCUGUGGUCCCCAUCCAGCACGGUGCUUAAGCACGUGUUUAAAUGGAAGCCCCUAAGAAGCAGAUGAUUAAGUGCUUUGCUGGAUUGAGAGGAGAAGAAACAAGCCCUAAAUCCCUGAUCCAUUGUCAUUAAUUAUUGUGAUAGCACCAGAGCAGGCCAGUCCCUUUGCAAUCACAAGGGACAGCAGCCCCUGCCCUGAAGAACACACACAGCUCUGAAAAGAAAUCACCAAGCUGGCUCAGAUCAAGGAUCCAUCUAUCCCAAUAUCGCGUCUCCAACAGUGGCCAGCCCCAACUGCUUAGAAAAAGGUGCAAGAAACUCUGUCAAAGUCAACAAGGAGUCCAGUGGCACCUUCACGACUAACAGACCACUGGACUUCUUGUUGUUUUUGUGGAUACAGACUAACACGGCUACCCCUGAUACUUGACAUCUGUCGAAGUCAGUGAUGGAAUAGCCUGCUGAUGGGGGAGUUUCUUCCUAACCAUAAGAACGGCCAGACUGAGUCAGACUAAAGGUCCAUCUAGCCCAGAAUCCCGUCUUCCAACAGUGGCCAAUCCAGGUGCAGUUAUAUGGUUGCCAUUCCGGUCCCCAAACAGCCCCCAGCCCCACUGACAGGCCUUUCAGGUCAGAAACUGCAUCCAUGUUUGUUUGUAGUCAUCAGACGGCUGCGUUUUAGUCAAAGUUGGGUUAAACUAGAGUCCAGCCUUUCCCCAUUAAGAAGAUUGGGCUAAGAAAGAGAAGUGUGUUGACAAACCCCUGUGUUAUUUGCACCAGUAUUUCAUGUCCUUUUCACAUCUGUGUUGGCUCCGUAUGUUUUGCAAAUGCACCUGUGCCUAUGUGGGCGUCUCAUUUAUUCCUUCCUCCAUACCCAGCCCGUGUCAACGUAUUAUGUUCUGUACCUUCUGCUGGCUGCCGGAGCUUCCGACUCUGCACUGAUUGCAAAGAGGCACUAUCAAAGCUGCAGUUGGGAAUCCGGCAGAAAAUCCCACCUCCCUUUUCUUCUUGCAUCGGCUUGCAGAGUCCAUGAAAUUCCUUAUCCCAGCACAUUGCUAUCUAACCUCCAACCCACUCAGAAAAAAAACCUCAGUGCCAGCAACCCAGCAAGGAUAAACCGCCCUGCCAUAACAAACCAAUGUGUGCAGCCAGAUGCUUAUUAGCAACCCUAAACCAACAACCACUCUGUGCACCCAGCGCUGACAAGCAACCCUGCCAUAGCAAACCCACAUUUACAGCUCAGCUCUCACAAGCCGUCUUGCAUUAAGAAACCACUGUGUUUUCCCCAGCACUUACGAGCAACCCUACCAUAACAAACCAGGGUGGCUGUUCAGUGGCGGCGAAAGAACAUUAAUCAAGGGUACUGAUUUCAGAGUCCCGGGCAUCUAAAUAUACCAUUACAUGGAACAAAAACACUUGGAUGGUAUUGCUUUAAUUUCAUCCCCAUAUAAAGAACAGGAGUACUUGUGGCACCUUAGAGACUAACAAAUGUAUCCCCAUAUAAUACUCUCCACUUUCCCUAGUUCAAACCAUAGGGCCAGAUUUUUCUCUCAGAAGAGUUUGCUGCUCCCACAGACUUAACUGGGCAAAACGGGGCCCUAAAUCGUGAAAGAAGAAAGAUCAAAUGAACGUUAAUUUCAUGUCGCAGCACAAGGAAGCACUUGCACCUGUCUGUCCGCCUAUUGCACAUCGUAUUUUUGCUGCAUCCCGUCCCAUCACCAAAACUGAUGAGACUUUAAGAGUCAUGCUGAGCGUCUCCUGGGUCACGCUGCUGUUCAAUGCGGGUCGAAAGGGAGGGAGCCGGAAUGUGUAUGUAUCACCUGUUAUGCCUUAGAUGCGAUAUUGCAGAUUUCACUGUGGUUACAAAUGAAACGCUAUGAAACCUU